ACAGGGCGGGGCAGGAUCACGCCUGUCUAUAUAUUGGGUAAUCCCUCUGUUACUGACACACUGACUGUAUAUCCCUGUCUGCUGCUGCUCAGUACCUACAUCAUCUGAUAACAAUGGCCUGUCCCAAUCUGGAAAUUGCUGGAUUGAGUUUCAUUAAGGCGUUUAGGGAUUUUGCCGGGAAGGAUGGAGAUGCCAAAACCCUGAGCAAAGACGAGUUGUAUCAGCUGGCUGUGGCAGGGUUCCCCACACUGUGUGGCCAUGAGAAGAAAGAAGACAUUUUAAAUGGAGUUUUUGGAAAGAUGGACCAGAAUAAGGAUGGUAAAAUUGACUUCCAGGAAUACAUGUUCUUCAACACAUGCCUGAUCAUAGCCCUGGAGGACAUCUGCAAGUAGAGUACAGAACAGAGUGGGGAAGUUAACAAAAUAAAGUUAUGAUAUCUGUAAUAAAUAAAUAUGUUUGAAUAA